AUGGAGGGAGCGAACUACCUCAUCUUGAGUCUUGCGGUGGCCGACCUCCUCGUGGCUGCGCUGGUGAUGCCGCUCGGGGCCGUGUACGAGGUGAGCAAGGAGUGGACGCUCGGACCGGAGUUGUGUGACAUGUGGACGGCAUCGGAUGUUCUCUGCUGCACCGCCUCCAUCCUGCACCUGGUGGCCAUCGCCCUCGACAGGUUCUGGGCGGUGACCAACGUGGACUACAUCCACCACCGGUCGCCGCGGCGCGUGGGCGGGAUGAUCGCCGCCAUCUGGAUCGUGUCGUUCCUGGUGUCGGCGGCGCCCAUGAUGGGCUGGAAGGACCCCGAGUGGCACGACCGCCUCGCCGAGAAGAUGUGCAUCAUCUCGCAGGACGUCGGCUACCAGAUCUUCGCCACCAUCACCUCCUUCUACCUGCCGCUGCUGGUGAUCCUCAUCCUGUACUGGCGCGUGUACCAGACGGCCCGCAAGCGCAUCCGCCGGAAGUUCGGCACCAACGCGCAGUCGGCGCUGUGCCGCGGCCCCAUCACCAUCAGCGAGACCACGACCUUCGCGCGCAUGGCCACGCAGCCGUCGCCGGAGAAGACGUCCAACGGCAGCACGCUCAACGGCCACCCGAUGGACGCCAGCCGCGAGGACUCGACGUCGGGCAGCCAGGCGGCCAUCACGCACGUGCUCCCGCGGCAGCUGCGCCGGCGGGAGGGCGAGCUGCGGAAGGAGCGCAAGGCCGCCAAGACGCUGGCCAUCAUCACGGGCGCCUUCGUGAUGUGCUGGCUGCCCUUCUUCAUCCUGGCGGUGCUGAUGCCGCUGUGCCCGCCCUCCUUCUGCAACUUCAACCCCUACCUGAUCGCCACCUUCCUGUGGCUGGGCUACUUCAACUCCACGCUCAACCCCAUCAUCUACACGGUGUUCAGCCCCGAGUUCCGCAACGCCUUCAAGAGGAUCCUGUGCGGGCGCAAGCGGACGCUGCAGCGCCAGACCACGCGCUUCGCCGCCGUCCGCUUCACCAGGUCCUAGCAGCGCGGGGUGUCGAGGGGGAGCCGCUGGCGGCGCGGGGGCGCAGACCCCUGCUCCGCCACGAGCCUCGGGCUGGCCGCCGCCACGCAGGUGGCCAGCCUGCCGCCGAUCUCCGAGUCGGCGCUGUGAGCGGCCGCCCCCUCGACACCUCUCCCGCUGCCUGCUCGCUUGCGGGCGCGCGAACUCUCCUUCGUGUUUAUCGUGUACAGGCUGUUAUGUGUGUAAAGAAGACUAUGAAAUAUAUAAAUGCUUAUAUGAUAUUAUAUAUGUAUAUACAAUUAUAAAUAUAAAUGUUUCUCUGUGGUGCUGUACUUCUGUAAGCGAUAUUCGAUGACCAAAUGUCUACCUUGUUAAGGAAUCAGGACUCGUGACGUGUGCGGGAGGAGGCGCGAGGAAGGCUCAAGGGCAGCCCCUCCCCGCGGCCUCCUCCUCCGGGUCAGCCGGCCGCCCGCGUCUGCUGCUGCUGCCGCCAGCGCCUCUCUCUUCGCCAGGACCUCACCCAUGCCUCGACAAUCACAUUCAUCACAAAUUUCUGCCAAUACAUACAUA